CAGUGAUGGGGGAGUAGGGGGAGACCCCAGAGCUCCCUGCCACACCUGCUGCCGCGCCAGUCCGAGCUGCACCUCCGUCCAAGCCUGGGGCUUUCUCAUCGGCUCUGCCAGCCGCGGGACAGUCACCCCCAGCAGGCUGUUCAGAGGCUGACGGACCCUCCUGGGUGGGGGAACUCAUCACAUCAGCCAUGCCCAGAUUUGGUGCCUUCAUCCCCCUCCUCCUCUUCAUCUUCCCUGGGGCCUCCUCCCAUUGUCACACAGGCACAGUCAAUGAAUGCAAGAAGCACACAGCCUUUGUGCCUGGGCACAGCCUGGCUGGGGAGGGCAUUGAUGUGAUCACGAUGGCCAGAAAGGGGGCCUAUCUGGUAGACAGCAGCCUCUGGCUACACCAGGAUGGCACCUGCACCCUGUGCCGAAACCGACUUCAAGGAGGCCAGUGGCAGAGGCUGCCGCUGGCCAUGGUGGACUGGAGGGUCCGCGUCUCAUGCCGCCGGAAGCUGAGCAGCUCGGUGAAGCAGUCGGCAAUGGGCAUGUUGGAGUCAGCAGCAUCCCUGGUGCAGAACGACUGGAAGGUGGGGCUGGACGUGCCUGUGAAGCCCAAGGUUAAUGUGCAGAUGGCCCUGGCUGGAUCGCACUCCAAACUGGCCAGUUUCGUGGUAGAUCGCAUGCGAGUGGACAAAUACAGCUUCAUGAGCCACGAGGUCUCCUGUGGCUAUUACAGGUUCCGGGUCAGAGAGAGGCCCCCGCUCACCAGCCAUUUCACUCUGGCACUGGAGAACCUCCCGAAGCAGUACGACAGUAAAUCCAAGCUGGAGUACCAGCAGCUAAUCAGCAGCUAUGGCACCCACUACUUGUCCCAGCUGCAGCUGGGGGGCCGGGCGCGGGACGUGACGGCCGUGCGGCUCUGCGAAGCGGCAAUGAGCAGCUUGUCUGAUGACGAGAUCAAGGACUGCUUGAGCAUGGAGGCGGGUGUGAGUAUCGGAAUGGGCUCGGUCAAGGGUGGGUACAGCAAGUGCGAGGAGGAGAAGAAGAAGGGGAAGGUCAAGGGGAGCUUCCAUGAGACGUAUCAGGAGCGCCACGUGGAGGUGGAGGGAGGAGAGAGCACAACUGAUGUGCUCUUCUCUGGCAGUGAUGCCAAGGUCUUCUCCAUCUGGAUAGAGAGCCUCAAAGCCAGCCCUGGCCUGGUGUCCUAUUCACUGCACCCCAUCCACAUUCUGGUGAAGCAGGGCGACCCUAAGCGGGAGGCGCUGAGGCGGGCGGUGAGUGAGUACAUCCAUGAGAGGGCCCUGUGGAGGAAUUGCACCCGAAGCUGCCCCCCAGGGACUCAACGCAGCGCCCAUGACCCCUGCUCCUGUGUCUGCCCUGGGGAUACCAUGACCAACACCAUGUGCUGCUCACGGGAGCGCGGCCUGGGGAAGUUGAUGGUGACAGUGAAGAUGGCCAGCGGCCUGUGGGGGGACUACUUUACUGCUACGGAUGCCUUUGUCAAGGUCUUCUUGGAGAGAAGGGAGAUACGGACCGGCACCAUCUGGAACAACAACAAUCCCGUCUGGAACAUCCCCUUGGACUUCGGUACCGUCCACAUCACCAGCACCAGCAAGAUCCGAGUCCAGGUCUGGGACGAGGACAACAAGUGGGACGAUGACCUGCUGGGAAGCUGCGACAUCCCGCUGGAGUCUGGGGGGCCCCACCAGAAGGACUGCUACCUGAACCAUGGCCGCAUCUGGUUCCAGUACAGCCUGCGCUGUGGGCCCCACCUCGGGGGCCGGACCUGCUUUGACUAUGUCUCCCAGCCACCCCAGCAGAGCACAGCCAAGGGGAAGGAGGUGACGGCCUUCUGGUGAGCCCCUUAGAUAGGGGAUCGGAGAGGGGCAUGGGUGUGCAUUGAUCGUUAGUGCUCCCUGUCCCCCAGAGCAUUUCCUAGCUCCCGCUCUGCUGACACUACUGAGCUUCAUGCUGUCACCCCUGCUCGGGGAUCGGUGUCUCCUAUGCCAUAAGAGACGAUCUGCUCCUGUGGGCCUGUCAUCCUCACAGCUCCCUCUGGGAAAAUAUCCCACCACAAACCACCCAUUCCAGAUCCAUCAGACCAGCCUGUCCAAUGAUUCCAACCAUCCAAUGUAUCUAUCCAAUUAACAAACUAAUGUAUGUACCUACUGCAUAUCUAUUCUCAACCUAUUUACCAUUUGGGUUGCAUAUGCAGGGGAGGUUGCAUUGUGGGUUGCAUAUGCGGCUCUCUCUGUGUUAUUUUGGCCACAUCCGCAGUGCAUAUAUACUAUCUGUAUGGCCCUCAGAUGUGACACGAACUUCAGCUGUGUGCUGAUUGGGGCACAAGUGGCUGCGGGUUGAGAACUACUGAUCUAGUGCAUCCAAUUUAACUAACCAACCACCCAACUAAGGUCUUAAGAACAUCCAACCAACCAAUAUGUGUAGCCAGUGGAACCAACCAACCAAUGAAUGUCCCAAGUACAUCCAACCAACCAGUCAACCAAGAUGUGCAGGCAGGGCAACCAAUCCACCGCCCCAUGUGUCCAGCCACCAACGGUAUUUAUCUGUCUAGUGUAUCCACUGGAAAACCGAUUUUCUCUACAGGAAGGGAUAAGGUCCAAAGCUUAGCCCUGUCCUAUUGCGGCUUCCGUGAUCAACUCUCUGUGGAAACCUGAAGAUAUUCCAGGGUGGACAUGGUUCAAAACACCCAGCAGAUGGGCCAGGGUCCCAGGGGGAGGAUUCAUUAGGGGGCAGUUCCCUAAAUGUUGUUUCUGUUGCUUUCCACAAUUACCCAGCUGCUUUGAGGUUAGUUAUAUCAUUAUAAAUACACAGGCCCCACCCACCAACCAGCUGGAUGUUCUCUGCUCAGAUGGUCAUCACAGAUAUUGAUAUGUCACUCACCAUCAGGAAGCUUCAGAGUUAAUACCCAGGAGAACAUGCCACAGGGCUAUUGAUUCAGGCUGUCAGCAGGCUCAGGGAGAUGGCACUGCAUUGGGGUCACAUUUGGGAAGAGCAAAUUCUCCCUAAUUUGGGGAUUAAAGAUUCUUCCUAUCUCACUUCUACCUCCAUCUGUUGAGAGCCUAGAUCAAUAGCUCCACGGUGCACCUCACUGAUGAUGGGUGUGGUUAACUCUGAACCCUACUGACUGCAAGUUAAACAUCUCCACCCUGGAAAACUGCCAUGCAGCUUUGCAGCACCACUGAAAAAUUAUUUGUUUCUGGGAGGAUUCCAAGUCUCUGGAUCUUUGCAAAUGUAUCUCCCUGCCUCAAUAAACAUGUGUGAAAU